AUGCUCCAGGGCAUCCUGCGGACCGUGGCCUUCUGGCUCCGCGGGGACGACGCGCCGUCCAGGAAUCCCCUGUUCGACAUGGUGAUGGCCACCUCCAUGUGCUUCUGGUUCGUGCUGGAGCACAUGAGGUUCCUCGGCGUGGUCCGGUGCUCUCUGGAGACCUUCGAGCUGAUCGAGCUCCGGCUCCUCUGCCUGCUUUACGCCCUCUACGACGUGGUCGUCACUCUAGACACCGACCUGCGCGUCGCGGCAAGGGCUCCGAAGCUGGACCUCCUGCUGAACACGCGGGAUGCCCAGGGCACGCGCCUCACGGACUUCAUGGGCCCGACUGACCGGGGCCGCUUCCUUGAGUUCGUGGCGCGGGCUCCGCCGGACGUCACCGACGGGAAGAGCAACCCCACGCCCGCGCAGGAGACCUCAUUGAACGUGCACCUGCAGGACGGCAGGGGCUCGUGGAUUCAGGUCCAGCUGUUCCACACCCAGUUCCAGAACUUUGGCUGCAACCAGGUGGAGCACCUCAUCGGCAUCUGCGAGGUCGGCGACAGCGGCGGCAGGGCGGCCGGAGGCGAGUUCGGGUGCGUCUCGGGGAUCUCCGCGGGGCGGGACAGCGACUGCUCCCUCAUCGCUGGUGACAGUGCCUCGAUGGCUGGGGCGCCGUCGGUGCCGGCGAAGGACCCGGUGGCGGACUCGGAGAGCCUGGUCGCAGAGCCGCCGGAGCAGGCAGCUGGAUCGGUGCGGCCCAGAGCACCUUUGCCCGAAGUGUCCGACCUGCCCGUCGUGGCCGGCGCCGACUCCUUGCCCGCCGCACUGGCCGACGGGGCGGCGCCGACUCCUUGCCCGCCGCACUGGCCAACGGGGCUGGGCGGCUUCGUCGCGGGGGUGGCCUCCACCGCGCUGCUCGGCCUCUGCGUCAGGCGCUGCGGCGGCCGGGCGGGCGCGUCGGCCCGGGCAGCGCGGGUCCCCUCGCAGGGCUCGGCGCUCGAGCUUGGGGACGCGCCCCAGGCCCUGCCCGCCGCGGGCGCGGCCCCGCAGGCGCUCGCCCGCCGGGGCAGCGCCAUGGCGACGCUCCCGCCUGGAGCGUUCGCUUUCGUCCAGUAUGAUGAUCCAGCCGACAAUUGGCUCUGGCAUGAACGUCUGAUCAUGGGCUGGAUCUCGGGCGCGGAGUACGUUGUGAUGACUCCCGAUGGGGACGUCUUCAUCGAGCAGCUCGACUCGGCCAGCCGCGACCUCUCGGGUGUGCGGUUCUCGCCCGUGACGAGAGGCCUCCCCGCAGGGCUUGCGGGCGCGAGGCUCCGCAGGUUCGCGGCCCAGCCCGCCGGCGCUGACCUCGCGGCCCUGCUCGCCGAGGGGGCCUCUCACGCUCGCGUGAAGCGCCAGGCGAGGGGCCUGGCUCAGCCCCCGGGCGCGGGCUCGGCGGGCGGCUCUGGGGGCGUCGCCCCGGUCGCGGCCCCUGCGCCCUUGCCAGUGGUGCCGCCGCCGGCCGCGCCAGGGGCCUUGCCGCCGCCGCCGCCCGCCCCGAGGCUGGCGCCAGCCGGGGGAUGCUGGGUCUUCGACGUGCCUGGGGCCACUCGCGCGGUCGGGCAAGAGUUCAUAUAUCCCGCUGGUGCGCUGGACUUCGGCGGCCGGGUGUUCGUGACCGUCGGGAGUGACAUCACGACUGGCUCCUUCGUCGCCGCCGACGUGGACUUGGAUUCUCGCGUGGAGAUCCGCCUGAAGGGGCCGCCCAGCAUGGGCGACACGGUGUCAGCGCUGCAGGCUCGGAGCCCAGGCGGCUUCAUGGCCUCGCACGAGCGCUGGCUGGUGGGUGACUCGAAGGCGCUCGAGCUGGCGCACGCCGUGGACGGGGUCAACUCGGCGAAUCUGACCAGCAUGGAGUACCUCAACCGGCGGCGCCAGCUCCUUGAGGAGGCGCACAAGUCCGACCCGGACAAGCCGAACUUCGAAGGGGCCCACUACUUCUCGGGUGAGGAUGACACAGGGUCGGGCACGCUGGUCGCCCCGAGCUUGCGCUCGCAUGUCGCGGGCGAGUUCGCGAAGGAUGCUGCCAUUGAGAAGGAGAGACGCCAGCCCGUCAGUCUUCGAGGCGCCCUUGACUCGGACGCCGCGCGCACGUUGUCGCACUUUCAAGAGCUCCUGGCAGAGCCCGAGAUCAGACUCGUGCUUGAUUGUCGCGAGGCAAACCAGCAUUCGAAACGCUCUCCUUUCACCGAGAUAGCUGCGGCGGAGAGCCUCAGCGCGUUAGAGGUACCUGAGGGCAGGCAGUUGUACAGUGCAUGUGCGGAUAUCCAGUGCGCCUUCUAUCAGUGUGGUGACAUCGGUGAUCUGCGUCAGUACUUCUGCCUCCCGAAGGUCAGCCGAGCCGAGGCUCUCCGCGCGGGCAUCCCGGUGAAGGAUCUGAAUGACUCGAGCGACUUCGUCUACCCGGCGACGCAGGUAUCGCCGAUGGGCUGGUCUUGGGCGUUCAGGUUCGUUCAACGUUUACACCUCGAAGUUGUCCGCAGGUCUGGGGUUCCCUCGGCCAUGGUUGCUACUGGGUCUUGGCCUCUCCCGUCGGUCGUCAAGGGCCCGAUCGAGGUCCCCGACUCGGACAACGUUAACGCGUUUGGUUGGAUCCUGGAUCCGCCCGGGAGUCUCGACGAGAUCACGUUGCCUCACACUGCUUGGGGGAACCCUUCGGAGCGAGGGUGGAAGCGCGCUGUUGGUUUCCCCGAGGUGUCCCGCGAGAUCCUGGACCUGCAGCGCCUCGGCCCCUCGGCCGAGGCCUGCCGCGGCGGCGCCGCUGCGGCGCCCAGCCGCCGCGGCCGGCGAGGGAGCGCUCCGCCCACGGCUGCAGGCGGCGCCGGCGGCCCCGCGGAGGUGACGGCAGCGAGCCCGCCCACGUGCGAGCAGGCCGCAGUGGGUGCCUCGGCCGGGCCCCCCUACCAGAAGUACUUCGAGGCCUUCGUUGAGUUCGCGGGUCAGCCGGCGGAGACGCUCGACGAGCUCGAGGUGCAGGCGCCGUCGGUGCUGGGCGCGUUCCGGCACGCGGGCUGCACGAAGGGCGACGCCGACUACCUCGUCGCCUCCGCGAAGGACGCGCUGCCGAUGGCGACGGGCCCGAAGACCCUUCCCCGUGUGCAGCGGGCGCUGAAGGGGUGCGCCAAGAGAGUGCCUCCUCGGUCGCGGGCCCCAGCGCCUCGCGAGGUCGUGGGCUCUGCGAUCUCGGGGCCCCUCUCGCUGGGCGAGCGGGAUGCCGCGCCCCAGGCGCUCACGAUGUUCAGCGCGUUCACCCGCCCCGGCGCGCUGAGGAAGGCGCUGGUCAGGGACCUCCUUCAGCCAGCGCGUGCCGGAGGGGCCAUGGCGACGUGGUCGCUCCUCCUGGCGCCGAUCUCGGCGCGCCCUCUGGCCGCGUCCGCGGAGGGUGCGAACCCGCCUCGGUUCCCGACAAAGACGGGGACAUCCCACGAGGCGGUGCCGCUCGACAACCCGCUGUGGCUGGGGCCCCUGCUUGCCCUGCACGCUCGUGGCCGCCAGGGCCGCGAGCUGCUCUUCGCCGCGACGGGGGUCGAGAAGGCCGUCCUGUUCCGGAGGGUCACCGAGGCGCAGGGGCUGCAAGACGUGCGCCUGUGCCAGCUGCGGCGCGGCGAGGCGGGCGAGGACGCGCUGUCGGCGCAUCGGGCGCUCGCCGAGGUCAAGACGAGGGGGCACUGGAGCCAGGGCAGCAGUUUGAAGCGGCAUGCAAAGCCGGGCAUGGCACAGCAGCUGCUGUCGGCGCUGUCGCCCGCCGCCAGGGCUCACGGCGAGGUCCAGUGGACGAGGCUCCAGGACCUCUUCGGCGGGCGCGCGCGUGCCUCCUGGCCAGCGCGGUAG